CACAGUCAAGCCUAGUGGUGCUGAAGCCGAGUGAAGGAGGAGGCUGGUGGGCGGAAGUGAUUUUCCCUGUGAUUAAUCCAGGCAGAUGGUGGCCCAGGGAGGGCCACCCAAUCCUCUUAGCCCAAAGCCCUUUAAUACUUCCGUUGUGUCAGUCACCUCCGGGUCUCUCCUGCUGCUCGAGACCGCCAUGCCUGAUGAGGAGGAGGCUGAGGGCUGGAGCCCAGUGCCUCCGAUGUAUGAGGAGUACCGGCCUCCGCCGCUGGACACCAUCCAGCUUCCCCGCUAUGCGCUGUACCUGGUGAUGGCCACGUUCUUGGUAGUGGUCGUGGCGUACGCCAUCGUGGGCCACCUCAUCAAAGACCUUGCCCACGACCUGGCUGAUUGGGCCUUCGGGCCGAAGCCAGACCAGGAGGACGCGCCCCGGGAGCUGCGCGCCAGCCUGGAGGGCGAGGAUCUGGAAGAGCUGGACCUGCAGCUGGCCCUGGCGUGGCGGGGCGAGGAGGACACUGGCGGGGGCAGGGAGGGGCCCCGGCCCGAAGGCCCUGCCCGGGGGCCCCGCCGCCCCUCCAUCGCCUUCAAGGACCCCGAGGUGCAAAGCUCAUUCUGGAGGCUGCACUGA